UCAAGUGAACUUCACACACGCGCGUACACAGAAAAAAAAAAAAAAAGCUUGUUUUGUUUGCACCCGUCACAUUCCUCCCGUAUUGAAAUCAUUAUUUCACGCACUAUGACAGCCUUCUGCUUCCAGGCGCAACUGGCGUCCAUUAUGGACGCCUUGUCCAAAGCGGCGGUGAACGAAAUCGGAAAACUGGUGGAGAUCGAGUCGAAGAUGCUGAAAAUCGAGAUCACCCGCGGCCGGAACGAAAUCGCGUCGCUCACGGAGAAGCUGCACUUGAUGGAGACGCUGCUGCACAUGGCUCAGCGGGGCCGGCAGCAAGACGGCAGGGAAGGCUCGGACGGCGCCGCAAAUAGUGAGUUUCCAUGGCAGAACAUCAGCUCCUCGCCCGAAACGAGCACUUCGUUCCAGGAUGAGCGGCGUCCUGCAACUGAGUUAGCAGCAGAGCAUCCCGAACUGGUGCUGCAGGUCAAGGAGGAACCAACAGAGGUGGACGACAGAGAGCUUGGACGAGAGGGAGCGAGUGAAAACAACACCCAGAAAAGUCCAGACGUGAGCCAGCGCCACAAACUCUCAUCGGAACGCCGCCUUCCCGAUUUCCUCGACUGCGUCGUGAGCCUGGACGCGCCCUCGUGCCUCAGUUCGCCCCAAAGGAGGGACGCGCAGUGGAACCCCCAGCUGGCACCCGCCCAGGCAAACCGCCGCGACGGCAAAAGCCCGUCCCCGGACGCCGCCCCCCAAAGCUCGCUCCGGACCGGCAAGCUGCACCACCUGAGGACCGCCGCCUCCGCCAAGAGCUUCGGCUGCUCGCAGUGCGGCAAGAGCUUCCGCUGCUUCAGCCAGCUGGAAAUCCACCAGAGGAGCCACACGGGGGAGAAGCCUUUCCGGUGCACGCUGUGCGGGAAGCGCUACGCCCAGAAGGGCCACCUGUACACGCACCAGCGGACGCACACCGGCGAGAAGCCGUACCGAUGUCCCGUCUGCGGCAAGGGCUUCAUCCAGAAGUGCACCCUGGACAUGCACCAGCGCACGCACACGGGGGAAAAGCCUUUUGUGUGCGUCCAGUGCGGCAAGGGCUUCACGAAGAACUGCAAUCUGAAAAAGCACGUCUUGGUUCACCUCGAGUCCGAUUUGCAGCUCUACGGUAGUAAUGCCGCGCUGGGCGGAAUGUUCCAGAACGAAACCUCACCCAACGCUGUGGCCGGUCUCGUGUAACGUGGAAAGUCCGCUGGUCUGCGAAAAUAUAAACACAAUUGUCGAAAUUGUAAUUGUUCUGUUCAUUUUUUGGGGAACGCGUUGGCUUUGCGGCGCAAAUGGACAAAGUAUGUCAGUGGUGCCUUGACUUACAAGUUUAAUUUGUUCCAUGACAGCUCAAUCCUAAAAAAAAAAAACCUCAUAUCAAAACAUUUUUCUCCUUUGAAGCGAUCUUUUUGAGGAUAAGCAGCUUGGAAAAUGGAUGGAAACCAUGAAUGCAUUCUAAGCCCACGAUGUACACUUUUGAGUAUGUGCAACCUGGCCACCAGGGGGCACUAAAAUACAGAUAUACAAAGAAGAGUUUCACGAUUGACUCGAGUCAACUGCUGUCAUCCUUCUAUUUAUUAUCUGGGGCACUUAUCCUCACAAGGGCUGCGGGAGUGUUGGAGCCUAUCCCAGCUAUCUUCGGACAGGAGGCAGGGUACACCCUGAUCUUGUUGCCAGCCAAUCGCAGGGGAACAUAGAUAUUAGCCAUAUUUCACUGAGGAAAAAAGACUAUAUCCUUGUGAAUAUGAUACUGCCUGUCUACAUAUGUUACUGCACCAUUUUAUGGACCAUCGUGAUUGUUUUGAAUUCUGUGUUAGCAUUAAGCUAUAACCCUUUUUUUUUGCAAGUUUUGUAGUUUGACUUUUUUCAAAUAUUUGUUUGCUAUCUGCUGUUAGAGUUAAAUGUUCCUCAGUAACAAGUUUAAUGCAUAAGCCCCCCCCCACACAAAAAAAUAAUAAUAAUUGAAGAUGAGUGAUAGUUUUUCUCUCUAAAACUUGUAAGUUGAUGUACCACUGUUAAACAUUAUGUGGUACAUUUUAUUGUGGAAAAAGUUGCUCCAUGCUGUAUAAAUGUUUGGAAAUGCUGAUUACUAAUGCUUAUUGAUAAUUUAGUGUAACAUAGCACACACAAGUAGCAUCUUAUUUUAAAAAAAUAAUACAAUUUGUUUUAAUUCAAACUAACCAAGUAUAUUAAUGAUGACCAAAAUGAAUGCUUUGUGACUUUAAUUACUUUGGAAAUAAAGUAUGA